UUUUCCUGUGCUGGCAGCAGGACGGGAUUGCAGCUGGGGCUUCAGAGGUGCUGUGGGAGCAGGGGAGAAGGGAAAACGGGCUCUGGAUGCUGAUGGAGCCUUGAGCAGCUGAGAAACCUCGGCAGGACGGGAUAAACGGGGAAGCCAUGGAUGGGUUUUACCCCUCGGCAGGAGGAGCUGGGCAGGACGUGCUCAAUGCCACCAGCUGGGCAGGACAAAGACACUCCCCGCUGUCCCUGCGGGUGGUGACGGCCGCCUGCCUGUCCCUCCUCAUCCUCUCCACGCUGCUGGGGAACGCCCUGGUGUGCCUGGCCGUGCUCAGGUUCCCACACCUGCGCUCCAAGGUCACCAACCUCUUUGUGGUCUCCUUGGCCGUGUCUGACCUGCUGGUGGCCGUGCUGGUGAUGCCCUGGAGUGCUGCCAGCGACGUGCUGGGCUUCUGGCCCUUCGGGGCUUUCUGUGACCUCUGGGUGGCUUUUGACAUCACGUGCUGCACGGCCUCCAUCCUCCACCUGUGCCUCAUCAGCCUCGAGCGCUACUGGGCCAUCGCCGACCCCUUCUGCUACCAGAGGAGAGCGACACAGCGCCUGGCCUUCGUCACCAUCGGGGUGGCUUGGCUGCUGUCCCUCCUCAUCUCCUUCAUCCCCGUGCAGCUGCAGUGGCACAAGGAGCUGCCCAGCCGAGAGCAGCUGGGGUUUAACGGCUCUGCGCAGGAGGGGAGCUGCGAUUCCAGCCUCAGCAGGACCUACGCCAUCUCCUCGUCCCUCAUCAGCUUCUACAUCCCCGUUGCCAUCAUGCUGGGCACCUACGGGCGCCUCUUCCGCAUGGCCCGGCGCCAGCUCCGCAGGAUCUCCUCCCUGGAGAGGCCGGCGGGACGCGCCCGGAGCUGCCCGGGCAGCAGCGACUGCCCUCGGGAAACCUCCCUGAAAAACUCCCUCAAGAAGGAGACCAAGGUGCUCCAGACCCUCUUCGUCAUCAUGGGCGUCUUCGUGUGCUGCUGGCUGCCCUUCUUCGUGCUCAACUGCCUGGAGCCCUUCUGCGACCCUGAGCCGUGCGUCAGCAGGGCCGUGCUCAGCACCUUCACCUGGCUGGGCUGGGCCAACUCCGCCCUCAACCCCAUCAUCUACGCCUUCAACGCCGAAUUCCGCGGGGCUUUCGCCUCCCUGCUGGGCUGGGGCUGCCCGUGCCGCGGCAGCGCCGUGCAGACCGUGACCUUCAGCAAGGAGCUGGCGUCCUUCCACCCCGACAGCUCCGAGCGCAGCGCUCUGCAGACCCUCAGCCCGCCCCAGCUGCUGCCCCACGCUGUGCUGCAGGUGGAAAAUGCCGAGAUGGCCUUGGAGAGGGUUUCUCUGGGCUCCUGCCCACCUCAGCACGCCCUGGCUGAGUGCGGAAGCCCCGUGUGGCUGGGGAGGAUUCCCCCGCUCGCCAGCAGCGCCUUCCAUUGA